AUGGCUCAGACACUCCUUUGGAUCGGCCUCGGCAACAUCGGCAGGGGUAUGUGUAAAAACAUUGCGGAAAAGUCCAAACUUGACAAACCACUCCUCAUCUACAACCGCACCACCAAGCGGGCCACGGAACUGAGCCAGAGCCUGCCCGCCGGUAAGACUCAGGUCGUCGAGGCGCUUGGGGACGCCAUCGCGCAGGCCGACAUCAUCUUCACAUGUGUCGCCAACGACCAGGCAGUAGAGGAAAUCUUCGCAACCGCAUCCCAGCAGAAACUUGAGGGCAAAGUCUUUGUCGAGUGCUCAACCAUAGCUCCCGGCGCUUCAGAAGCGGCCGCGAAGGCGGUGCUGGACAAGGGCGCCGAGUUCAUCUGCGCGCCCGUGUUCGGAGCACCCGCCAUGGUAGCAGCUGGCAACGCUACCUUGGUGCUUGCCGGGCCCAAGGCCUCGAUCGAGAAGAUCCGGCCCUAUAUCGAUGCCAUGGCGGCUCGCGAGAUCAACAUGGCUGACGAGCCGUACCACAAGGCGUCGACGUUGAAGGUGCUGGGUAACACCGUCAUCCUGGGCAUGGUCGAGCAGCUCGCUGAGACCUAUGUGGCUGCCGAGAAGAGCGGGCUCGGGACCGGCUACGUGAAGCAGUUUGUCGACGCCAUGUUCGGUGGCAGCCCUUACCCUGCGUACUCGGUGCGCAUGUUGGAGGGUGACUAUUACAAGAGGGAGGAACCGCUCUUCGCCGUUGAUUUGGCAAGGAAAGACGCCGGGCACGCCAUGGCCAUUGCCAAAGCCGCAGGGACACGGCUGCCAAAUAUUGAAAACGCCGAUAGGCACCUACAGAUUGUCAAGGAGCACGUAGGACCAUCAGGUGAUAUGGCCGGCAUCUACGGCGCCCUGCCGGCUGGUGCACUGCGCCGACAGCUGCACCCACAACUGACGUCCAGGACCUCCUACCUAGCUCAGCCUUCCCAACGACGACAGAAGCAAUCGACGAAGCAGCACGACGACAUCAACGCGAAACCCGACAUACCUGCACAUCCACCAAAAUCAUACCCUCUUCCGAAUCAAGCAGCAAAAAUGGCGCAAGGGUACAGCAUCUUCGUCGGCCUCGUCAUCGUCGUCGCGAUGGGCGCUGGCGCAUGGUUCUUGUCUCCCAAGGGCGACACGCAGAUCAUCUGGAGAUCCUCCCUCCUCCUUGCCCUCGCAUGCUGCUAUCUCAUGUGGGCCAUCACGUUCCUCGCCCAACUUCACCCCUUGAUCGAACCCAAACGCAGCAACCUCCGAGAGAGCGCCGUGCACCAUUGA